AUCCCAAUUGUUUUUUCUAGAAACCAUCAAUAGCGUCUAAAUGACUGACUCAAUUUUUGGAUCCUAUUCUCAUGACUAAGCAAAUGUUUGACUGAAACCAGCCCAUAUAAAUGUCACUGUGCCUCUAACUCUCUGUAGCCAUUCCUGAAUUUCUUUCAGCACUGGGAAAACCAGUCUAUGCACCAAAAAUGUCUAAAACUGGAACCAAGAUUACUUUCUAUGAAGACAAAAAUUUUCAAGGCCGUCGCUAUGACUGUGAUUGCGACUGUGCAGAUUUCCACACAUACCUAAGUCGCUGCAACUCCAUUAAAGUGGAAGGAGGCACCUGGGCUGUUUAUGAAAGGCCCAACUUUGCUGGGUACAUGUACAUCUUACCACAGGGAGAGUACCCUGAAUACCAGCGUUGGAUGGGCCUCAACGACCGCCUCAGCUCCUGCAGAGCUGUUCAUCUGCCUAGUGGAGGCCAGUAUAAGAUUCAGAUCUUUGAGAAAGGGGAUUUUAGUGGUCAGAUGUAUGAAACCACCGAAGAUUGCCCUUCCAUCAUGGAGCAAUUUCACAUGCGAGAGAUCCACUCCUGUAAGGUGCUGGAGGGUGUCUGGAUUUUCUAUGAGCUACCCAACUACCGUGGCAGGCAGUACCUCCUGGACAAGAAGGAGUACCGGAAGCCCAUCGAUUGGGGUGCAGCCUCCCCAGCUGUCCAGUCUUUCCGCCGCAUUGUGGAGUAAUGACUUGAAUGGGGCCAUAUUCUUCCUGGGGCCCAAAUGCUGGCUGGCCUUGUGGUCCAAAUAGGCAUCAUCAAUAAAACAGUUGGCAUGCAUCCCACUGCUGACUAUAACGCCUCUCCUUAAAUGCUUCUAGGGACCAGCAAUACAGUGCUCGCCACAGUGGGCAGUCACACAAAGCUACCCAUCUGCCAGAUCACCAAUCUAGAUCUUUGUGCCAGACAAAAUGAGAUCUCAUUAAAAGGUUAGAAAGUCAUACUGCCAUGUGGUGGUUCCUUUAGCUUAUGUUUUGCAUUAAUUCAACAGGCACAGUAAUAAUUGCUACCAUUUAUUGAGUGCCUACAUUAUUUCAUUUUCUCUUUACAACCCUGUGAGAGGUAGUUUGUCGGUAUUUUAUAAAUAAGGAAACUGAGAGAAAUUUAAAAGUUGCCCAAAUUCACCAGUUGGUGGAUGGAGGAGCCAGGAUUCAGUCCAGGCUACUUCUGCUCCCAAAGUCAUUGUUCUGCUUUCUAACACAUGCAUUCAACACAUUGGCUGGAGAUCUGUGCAUAUAGUGUCUGUAGAAGCCCCUGAAAAUUUUUAAAGGUAGAAAAGACGGGGUCCUCUGAUGUUCCAAUUGAGGGGACAGAGUGUCUAUCAAGAACAACCAGUGAAAAUAGGGUUAUUAUUUGAAAAUGGUGGAGCCAUAAGCCAUCUGAAGUCCUUGUUUAAGAUCUAAAGACUGCUGUGUUAGUUACUUCUCAAUCCUAAGUUUAGAUUUUUUGUGUAAAGAAAGGACAUAUUAAAAGUGUCCGUACAUUGUAAUAGUUGAAAUGGAGUUUUAUCAAGUUUUACUUGCUUUGAGUAACCCCUGAGAUUUUAUUUAAUCUUGAAGAGGAGAAUGAUGAAGGAAACAGUAUGGCCAGGAGUAUUUAGUGAGCAUACAAGUGAACCUGGGGAUAUGCAGAAUGCACCCAUCUGUAAAUGAGAUAGCAAAGCCCCUGUCAUCUGGGAGCCUUCCCCAAAAGGACAAAUUAGAAUUGCUAAAUUUCCCUUGUGUGUACUCUAUAGUGCACAGUGCAUACUCACCCCAAAAUAUGUUUAUUCAUGUUGUUAUCUUCCCCUCCCUUUUGUCAUUUUGUCUGUUUCAAGUGAGAGACUGAAAAAAGUGGGUGUAAGUAAGGGAGGGAAACGUGACAAAUGGAGAAGGAAUGGGAGGCCAUUUGCUGAGCUGCAAAGAGCUCUGGCCUGUGAGCUGACUGCAGCCAUCAGCUCUGGAUCUUGCCACCAUACCAUGAAGCUACCUUUCCUUAUCUCCAAAACAAGGGAGUUGAGCCAAAUGCUCUCUGGAGUCUCAUCCAACACAAACAUUCUAAUCCCCCAGACACCAGCAGGAGGACAUUAAAAAACUAGCUGAUGACCAAGGACUACUGACACUUACUUUUAGAGGCACAGUUUCCGGAAGUGACCUCAGAGAUCCACUGAUUUUUUGCCAAAGAAAUAGGUUGUGAUAAGUAAGUUAGUAUCAGUCUCUUUUCUCAUAUCAACUGCUUGCCAUGUUCUUUGGUGAGUUGGUCACAGUCUGUUCAACUAGAAAAGUAGUUCUGGCAGCAGGGUAGGAAAACAAGAAGUGUUAGGAUGACUAACCACAGUUUCAGAGAAGUAGAAGAUGGCUUUUGACAGAUAAAAGCAGGAUUAUUAUUUUGGAGUGUUGCAUGCCUCCUGGUUCAUGCCUUGGUCCAGAAAGAGAUUGCUAUCAUUUUCUCCAGCUGCAGACACACCAAUCAACUUUCUGCUUAAAAGGAAUUUGACUAACAAUUGAUAUUAGAGGUCAAAAACACUUUAUAUCCUUAUCUAUCAGUCAGUCCCAGCUCUUUUGGUAGAACAUUCAGCUGUUAGGACAAGAAGCUGGUGUCUUACCUGUCUCCCACACCCAGAACAGCACCUGAUAAUUCAGUUAUCUCCCCCUACCUUUUAUUGUUUUAUCGCUCUGAAAUGGGGGAUCUCAAUAAAAUAAAGCAAGGACACCCUUAAACCAUUUUAACCCUAUUUCCAUCACAAGAAUUUCUCUAAGACAAGUCUCUGAAUAUUCCCAUAUAUGGAGCUCACUGUCUAUUGGGAUAGAAAAAUAAAUAUAAGUAUGUCCCAAAUGUUACAUGGGACAUACUUACACUAAGAAAUUGUCAUUUGUCUGAAAUUCAAAUUUAACUGUAUCCUAUAUUUUUAUUUGCUAAAUCUGACAACCCUACUUCAAGGACAAGGCAAGUUACACAGGAGUGACAUGGGGCUAAGAGCAGAGAGUGGUGCAAGCUGUGAAAAUGAGCACAUUACCCAAUAGAAGGGCAUUUAAAUACUUUUUUUUUUUUUUAAAUCACUACACACCAACAAAAUACAUCUGCAUCUGAAUGUGGCUUGUGGACCACCAGUUUCCAAUCUUGGCUUGUAGGACAGCUCUGAAUAUCAGAAAUUGUUUUUUUAGAUUGAGCCAAAAUCUGAUCCCUGAAGCUUUCAACCUGCAAUCCUAGUUUUCAUCCAUAGGAUAGCUCUUUAGGUAUUUAAAGAUGCCUCCAGUUUGCUUCCAUGCUGGCAUUUCUACACUGAGCAAUGCCUGUUUCUUUCAUCCUUUCUCUCUUGAUGUGUGGGCUCCCAGACUCCUCACCAUCCUGGCGCCUCUCUUCGAGCUAAUGGUCAUUUCUCUCUCCCCACUGUCAUAGCUGUAUGUAGUCUGACCAGUGCAGACUACAGCUGGAGGAUUAUGUUCAGUUCUUUCAUCUUUUUUCUCUGAUCUAUGCUGUUCUUAACUAAGCUCAGCUCUCCCUGUGGCCCAGCCCUGAUAUGGAUGACUGGCUACCUUUCCCUAAGAGCCAACUCUCCAGUCAAAGGGCUAAAGAGUUCUCUUCCUCUUUGGGUAGUUAGACAGAAAUGGAUUCAAAUUCUGCCACUUCCAUAUGUUAGCUCUAAGUCACAUAAUCUAACAUGUAUAUCCUCAAUUUUCUGUGAAACUAACAUAACACCUAAU